AUGCGUUCAAUAGUGACGGUGAUUAUAUUUCUGACAAGACAGGUGAAUGGUCAAUAUGGUGAAUUAGCAUCGUUAAUCGGUGGCGCUCUUACACCGGGCAUUGUUGGUAAUGGAGCUAACGGUGCAUCGGAUCUUCUUGGCAAUAUUGGAACCUUGUAUAAAAUUGCUCAGGGUGCAUUACAAUUAACCGGUACCGGUGUCGGUAUUCUGAAUCAGGCUGCAGAAGGAAAAUGGUUCAAUACAAUUCUUGAAGAAGCCAAAAAUGCUAAUCGGGGAAUUCAAGACAGAAGACUGAUUGGAAACGGGUUAGAUCCUGAUUACUCUCAGUUUGGUAUUAAUUUUCCGGCACCAGCACCUAGUGAUUAUGAUCAUGAAGAGAUUACAAAACUGGAAGGUCUUAUUCCAUUCAGUGCUAACAAUAUCACAACUGAGACAACCAAACCAACUGAAACUUCAUUAAUUACUCUGUUUCCGGAGGAGAGCGGAGUAAGCAGUCUGAUGGAAAAAGAAGACCGGAGCAGCAUAAAUACAAUUGAAGACAAUGAAACUGAAGAGGUGAUUGAUCAUUCUGGAAAUAAAGAAAAUGUUGGAAUAAAAGAAUUUAACGAAUAUGAUCAUGUAAAAGAACAAACGGAUAAAAAAUUGGAAUCGAUCGAAAAGAAAAUACCAAAAUUACAACGAUUUAUUGCAUUACUACAUGAAAGUAAUAUAACGGAAAAUGACUUAAAUGAAUUGACGCAAUUACUCGAAAGGGAAAAAGCGAUCAAAUUAAAAUCAACCAAGUCAAAAACCACUUCCCGAAUUCUUUAUACCACUCCUACCGGAACCAUAACUACAGAUUCAACAUUUCAACAUACAGAAGAAACAAGCAAAUCUUUUUUGUCUACUCCACCAAUAAUUUUGCGACCUAUCGGAUCGGUUGGUAUUACUGAUAACGAAGAUAACGAUCUGCUUCCGCCUACUACUCCACGAUCUAGAGCGAGAGCAGUUAGGAUCAAAUAUCGACCACACAGUGGAUCUAAAAUCGAUUCAAUGUUUACAACUUUUCAUCGUCCUAGGAAAUUUCCACGUCGAAUAGCAUAUCGAGCUCGAUUACCCUUUAUUACGAAUACAGCGCAUAUUAACAUGGGGAAAUCAGAACAGUCAGAAAUAAACAUAAAUAAAAGAGUAAUUCCACCAAUUCACUUAACAGAUCAAAAUUCAAAUAUUCUAAGACAACCAUUUUUUCAACAUACUGUUCAAAAUCCAUUCGAGCAAUCAAAAAUUUCCUUAACCGCGCCAAUUUUCGGAAUUUUUCAAACUCCGGCAUUUACAACGCCAACAUAUCAGCAAACUGUGAACGCUAUUCCAUUUGCAACGACAAUUUAUCCGCAAACUAUGAAUGUUAUUAAAUCUCAGCCUUCUUCAUACACAACCAUUUUAGAAAAUCCUAACAAAAAUAAUAGGCUAUGGGCAAAUCAGGAACGUACAUAUAUCUUAGGGCAACCGAAUAUACAUUUUAAUUCAAAUUCUGAUUUAUUUCUAUAUAACCAAAAUCCCUCAUGA